AUGGUGAUUCCCCGCAUGAAGGCGAUUGCGACGACGCUACUACGUCCACACCAGGCUUUUCAAAGACCAGCUCAACAUCUUGCUUUCUCCACUGAAGCAACGAAAGCAGCAGCUGCUGUAUUGCGCAUGGGCUUUAAAAAGGCUCAACAGGAUGAAGACGACAUAUUAAAAGGGAAAGUGGAAGUUGAUCCUGCGUCACCAAUGGAUGUGAGCGAAGUGAUGCCGCCUGUGGAGAAGAAGCUGGUGCCACCUACGAUGAGCUCCACGCAGCCGCUUUGGCUCACACAAGACCAUCCUGUGACGGACUUGUCAGGCUUUGCACCUAAAAUUGUGGUUGUUGGUGUUGGAGGUGCAGGAGGCAAUGCUGUGAACAAUAUGAUUGCGCGCGGUUUGCAGGGUGUAGAGUUUCUUGUAUGCAACACGGACGCUCAGCACUUACGUACAACGCUGACGGAGAAUCGCGUCCAAAUGGCCCCUGAACUGACUGGAGGAUUGGGCUGUGGGGCGAAUCCAGAAGUUGGUCGUGAAGCUGCAGAGGCAGCAAUUGAUGAGAUUUUGGAACGGGUUCACGGUGCAAACAUGAUUUUUAUCACUGCAGGUAUGGGCGGUGGCACUGGAACAGGUGCCGCACCCGUGAUUGCCCAGGCAGCCUUAGAUGCUGGUGUUCUCACGGUAGCAGUUGUCACAAAGCCGUUUCGCUUCGAAGGUAAUAAACGCGCGAAGCUUGCAGCACAGGGCCUCGCUGAUAUGAGAGACAGCGUGGAUACGAUGCUUGUGAUUCCGAAUCAGAACCUUUUCAAUAUGUCAAACGAGCGCACGUCUUUGAUGGAUGCAUUCCAAAUGGCGGACAAUGUGCUUCUUGAUGGUGUCAAGAAUAUCUCCGAUCUGAUGGUGAUGCCUGGGCUUAUCAACCUUGACUUUGCUGAUGUUCAGUCGGUGAUGCAAAACAUGGGAAACGCCAUGAUGGGAAGUGGAGAGGCUGAUGGAGCUAACAGGGCUUUGCGUGCUGCUGAAGAUGCGCUGGCGAAUCCUCUUCUGGGAGAUAUUUCGAUCAAGGAUGCCAAGGGAAUGAUUGUAAAUAUCACUGGCGGCUCCGACCUGACGUUGUUUGAGGUCGACGAAGCGGCCGAACGUGUGACACGAGAGCUUGACGAUCCGCACGCCAACAUUAUCUUUGGCUCAACAUUUGACGACUCACUCGAUGGUAAGCUACGUGUUUCCGUAGUCGCCACGGGUAUCACGGAUCCCGAGAAGUUAUAG